CUCUUUUUCCAGAUCGAUCUGAACCAGUCAAUCAAUGCGCAGGGCCCCUUUGAUGUCAUCGUCCAUAAACUCUCUGAUGUCAUGGGGGAAGCGGAGCAUGACAGCCAGUCGCAGCAGCUGCUGGAACGAUUCGAGAGAUACACUGCGGGACACCCCCACACUGUGCUGCUGGACCCCCUCCCUGCAAUGAGACGCCUCCUCGAUCGCUUCACCUCCUACAGGAUCAUGGAAGGACUGCAGACUGCCAUCCCUGGUGAGUGGAUCUGCAGCCCCCCCUACAUGGAGAUUAACUCGACAGAGCUGAGUGAGAAACAGCUGGACAGAGCUCAGCGCACCCUGCCCUUCCCUAUCAUUUGCAAAACACGAGUGGCCCACGGAUCGAGCUCUCACGAGAUGUCUCUGAUCUUCGGCCCGGCUGGCCUGUGGGAUGCUCGCCCCCCCUGCGUGCUGCAGAGCUUCAUCAAUCACAGCGCCGUGCUGCACAAGGUCUUUGUGGUGGGAGGGGCUCACUUCAUUGUGGAGAGACCCUCGCUCAAGAACUUCCCUCGGGGGCAGUCCGAUAGGAAGACAAUCUUCUUCAACAGUCAUGAUGUAUCCAAGCCGGAGUCCUCCUCACACCUGACUGCGCUGGACGAGGAGGCCGCGCUGCCCCGACCCCCCUGCGAUGAUGUCAUUGCUGCCAUAGUAACGAAGUUGAGGGCGGAGCUGGGGAUAUCCCUGUUCGGAGUGGAUGUGAUCGUCAACACUGAGACAGGGAAGCACACUGUGAUUGACAUUAACAUCUUCCCAGGGUACGAAGGGGUCCCCCAAUUCUUCUCUGCACUGCUGAACCACAUCGAGGCUCUUCUGCAGGAGAAGGGAGGGGCCUGUGAGACCAGGGGCUCUUCUGACUAUCCAGGCCAGGGAGGGGAGGUGGAGAUGAGGGGAGGUGCAGCGUGUCACAGGACCCUCACUUCUGAAAACGGGCCUCAUACCAACCAUGCCCCCCAGCGCUAGCACCCUGAUCGAGGGCAUGAGCCUCACUGCAGCACAAUGGCAUAUUCACAAGAAACUCCUCAGGGCAUCAGAUGAUUCUUUGGGGUUAGGUAUAGGGUUAGGUUUAGGUAUAGGGU